AUGCACCCCCGCAUACCUUCCUUACUUGCCCUGGUGGCGGUCAUUGUGAUUUUAUUCAUCCUUCUUCCUCACUCUCCCGUGAAUCCAACAAAGUACAUCUGCUCCUCCAACUUUCUUUCUGACACUCUUAUCGGCCAUCGUGUUGCUCCAGACGUUGCGCCCGCUCACGAUAACGUUGUCAUAUACAUGCUCGCCCAACCUCAUCGCUUUGACCAAGCCGCGGUUACUCUCAGGUCCAUAGAAAAUAGUUUCAACCGACGACUGAAGUACCCUUAUGUUGUGUUCAUGUCCGAAGACGAGCUAGGCCAGGUGACCGAUGAAAUGAGAGGGAGGGUUGAUGGGAUAACGGAUGGCAAGGUGACUUUUGCCACUCUACGAAAGGAAGAAUGGGAUGUACCGGAACAUUUGGACAAGUCUCGCGUUGAGGAGUCGUUAAGGACUAUUGGGUUCUCCAUGGGUUAUCGUUCAAUGUGUCGAUUCAACUCCGGACUGUUCUAUCGCCAUCCGGCGCUCGCCAAGUACGACUGGAUUUGGAGAAUCGACAGUGACAUCGAGUUUCACUGCGAUGUGAAUUUCGACCCAAUACAGCGGAUGAUAGACGCCAAAGCCCUUUACGGCUUCAUACAAAUCGCCCGGGAUUAUACUUUUGUCCAACCUACUUUAGUCGAGACAGUCUCUCGAUUCGUGGCCAAUCAUUCGGACAUGAUACCCUUGGAUGCCAAUCUUGGCUUCGGAUGGAAAUCUCCACGAAGUGUACAGAAACUCCUCGAAGGGCAUGCGACGAAUGAGGAUUGGAUUAUGUCGAUUAUGUAUAACAACUUUGAGAUUUCUCAUCGCAGUGUGUGGGAGAGUGAAUUGUACGCAAAAUUUUUCGACUACUUGGAUGAAGCUGGAGGUUUCUUCUACGAAAGGUGGGGAGACGCGCCGGUACACUCGCUUGGUAUCUCGAUGUUAUUGAAGAAAGAUCAAGUGAUGCACUUUUCGAAUGAGAUGGGCUAUCAGCACCCUGCUAAUUCUGGAUGGAGUUAUGGGUGUGCUAGAAGCUCUCCGCUGUGUACUUGUAACAAGGCUGGUCGUUCUAAUUUCAACUAUAGACAAAACGAGUGGUUCAAGGCCCCGGAAUAUGAUCGCUCAGGAACUUGA